AUGUAUAUAAUUUUGUGCAUCGUGCAGAGUGUUGACAAUGGGAAGGAUGUUAAUCUGCAAUUUGCAAUUAAAGCGAAACCAAUUACUAGUGGCCUUAAAUACUCACUUGCUAUUGGGAACCGGGGACAGGCAAAUGCAGCCGGUGAAUGUGCAGUAUCAUUUUUAAAAUGUUCUCCGAUUUCUAUAGGUGUUAAAUCGCCUAACAUAUGGCUCCACUUUGUCACACUUGUGAAGAUUGAAUUCUCCAAUAGGGCGAGAAGGUAUUUUAGUUUUCUCUGUCAUUGUUUGUUCAAUGAUGCUGUUAAGGGGAAACUAGCAAAACCACGGCAGUUGCACAAUUCCCAAUGGGGAAUGAUGGGCCCUGCAGAAACUCCUGAAGGACAAGCUUGUGGACUGGUAAAGAAUCUUGCACUGAUGUUGUAUAUAACAGUUGGAUCAGCAGCAUAUCCCAUUUUGGAAUUUUUGGAAGAAUGGGGUACUGAGAAUUUUGAGGUAGAGUAUUUUGAUUUUGGUAUGUGUGGCUGUUAUAAUUUUAAUAAGCUUCUUUCCUUGGUUUACAAUUUUCCUUUUAAUUUAGUUCAGAACAACUUUCAAAAAGAGGGCCAUUUUGAUUGA